GGGGGCAAGAGUCAGUCAGGUCGGGAGCGGCUGGGUACAUCUGAGACCGCGGCGCAGCCAGGGUGUCCCGGCUGCUUCAGCGUGGUUCGCCCAAGAUGGAAUUUCUCCUGGGGAACCCGUUUAGCACCCCUGUGGGGCAGUGUCUCGAAAAAGCAACAGAUGGCUCCUUGCAGAGUGAAGACUGGACAUUGAACAUGGAGAUCUGUGACAUCAUCAAUGAGACAGAGGAAGGACCAAAGGAUGCCAUUCGAGCCCUGAAGAAGCGGCUCAGUGGGAACCGGAACUACAGGGAAGUAAUGCUGGCACUGACGGUACUAGAAACGUGUGUGAAGAACUGUGGCCACCGGUUCCACAUCCUCGUGGCUAACCGAGACUUCAUUGACAGCGUUCUGGUCAAAAUCAUCUCUCCCAAGAACAACCCUCCCACCAUUGUGCAGGAUAAAGUGCUUGCUCUGAUCCAGGCGUGGGCAGAUGCCUUUCGGAGCAGUCCUGACCUCACUGGUGUGGUGCACAUAUACGAGGAGCUGAAGAGGAAGGGGGUUGAGUUUCCCAUGGCAGACUUGGACGCUCUGUCUCCCAUCCACACUCCCCAGCGGAGUGUUCCAGAAGUGGAUCCAGCUACGACCAUGCCCAGGUCCCAGUCACAACAGAGGACAACUGCUGGCUCCUACUCCUCACCUUCUCCUGCUUCCUACUCUGCUCCUCAGGCCCCAGCUCUGAGUGUGACUGGCCCCAUCACAGCCAACUCAGAACAGAUUGCCAGGCUGCGGAGUGAGCUGGAUGUGGUUCGGGGAAACACAAAAGUCAUGUCUGAAAUGUUAACAGAGAUGGUUCCUGGGCAGGAGGACUCAUCUGAUCUGGAACUGCUGCAGGAGCUGAACAGGACCUGUCGGGCCAUGCAGCACCGCAUUGUAGAGCUCAUCUCCCGUGUGUCCAACGAGGAGGUCACUGAGGAGCUGCUGCAUGUCAAUGAUGACCUCAACAAUGUCUUCCUCCGCUACGAGAGGUUCGAGCGAUACAGGUCGGGCCGAUUGGUUCAGAACGCCAGCAAUGGAGUACUCAACGAAGUGACUGAAGACAACUUAAUAGACCUGGGCCCUGGCUCUCCUGCUGUGGUGAGCCCGAUGGUGGGAAGCACAGUGCCCCCCUCUUCCCUCUCCUCACAGCUGGCAGGCCUGGAUUUGGGGACAGAGAGUGUCAGUGGCACCCUCAGUUCACUCCAGCAGUGCAAUCCUCGUGAUGGCUUUGACAUGUUUGCCCAGACCAGAGGGAACUCCUUAGCUGAGCAGCGUAAGACGGUCACCUAUGAAGACCCCCAGGCUGUUGGAGGACUCGCUUCUGCACUAGAUAGUCGGAAACAGAGCUCAGAAGUGCAGAGAGGGAAAGGUGGGGACUUUGACCUGGAGCCCAUAGACAGCUGGCUCAUGACCCAAGGAAUGAUCCCCGUUGGGCAGCCCUCUGUCAUGGACGACAUUGAGGUGUGGCUCAGGACGGACCUGAAGGGCGAUGACCUGGAAGAAGGUGUCACAAGCGAAGAGUUUGAUAAGUUCCUGGAAGAAAGAGCCAAGGCCGCUGAAAUGGUCCCUGACCUCCCAUCACCCCCUGUGGAGGCGCCCGGCCCAGCUUCCAACCCUUCUGGCCGGAAGAAGCCCGAGCGGUCAGAGGAUGCCCUCUUCGCCCUGUGAGCUGUUCUGUGGUCUUCUCCGUGGAUGGCAGGUCAUGCUUGCUCCCUGUGGACACUGGGCACUGGGCCACUCUCCCUGCCCCUCACCCUUGGCCUGUGCACUUGUGUCUCCAUGGGAACACCUAUGUCUGCUCCCCUAGUCAGGACCAGCUUUCGCCACCUUCCUUCUCUGGGUGGUGGGACAGCCGCACUGCAGCCACAGGCCCUGCCGUCCCCUCCCCAGGCUCCCUUGGCCAUGUGUCCUCCCAGGAAGAGCAGUUGCCCAGCCCAGCCAGAGUAGCCCCUCGACACUGCUCCUGAGCAGACCACCUGAAGCAUCUCCUCCAUCAACCACCCACAGAGAACGGGGUCAGGCCCUGGCUUGCCACGCGUGCCCACAAUGUGUGCCACCUCUGCCUGGCUGAGUGGAUUCCCUCUGGCCUGCCGCCUUCCAUAUUCUUCUGCCAGGAAUGGCUUUGUGUCUCUGCCUCUGGAAGAGCAGGGCUCAAACUCCUCCCUGGACUGUCACCUCACAGCACCUGUUGCGUUGGCACUUUAGAGGGCUCUGGGGUGCCCACAUGGGAGUCUCUUGUGUUCUUGACCCUCUCUCCAUCAGUCAGUUGCUCACCCAGACCUCCUACCUACCCCAGCUGGUGUGGCAGCCUGGCCCAGCUGAGGGGCCGCAGAGGACCUGCAGCUCCUGGUGUAGGGAGAGCCCAGUGCAGUGGAGAGGGCAGCGCUGACAUGAACCCAGCCACGCCCUGCACACUCCAGCCAGCUACCCUUGGCCCGUCAUAUGGAGAAGCCCACGCAGAGCUGCUGCUCUGCUGGCUUGGGAGAGUGAUGCGAGCUGGCCCUGCCUGAAGUGGCCUCCACUCACCACCUCUAGGCCCAGCUGCAGACAGCUCUGAACCACACCAAGAGGUUCCAAAGGAUCAAGUGGCCAGAGUGACACUAAGGCCUUGUACCUCUCCCUGGCAAGGGCCCCAGACCCACCAUGGGCAGUGUAACCUGACACCUCAGAUGAUCUCGAAGGUUCACAGUCCAAGGCUGAACAGAUUGGGGCUGGUGACACCUGUUUGCAUCCUGUGUCUUCGUUGAUGUGUCUCCUAGCCCUGGCAAGGAACUCACAGCACUGCUCCAGCCCUGGUCCAGCUAACCCUUGCCCCAAGCUGCCAUUACCCAGGAUGAGGAAACGCGCUGCUGCAUCACCCUGCUGAGGUUCUACCCUUCCAGCACGCACUUCCCACAUCACCACGGUUUUCCCAUCCCCAGUGUAGAGCGGCCUAGUGCUGUGCCUGUCACCCUCAGGGCACCAGCCCUUCAGAGAGAGGAGGCCACUGAGAUGACUAGUGGCUGGGCUCUUGGACAUAGUAGGACCAGGACUACAGUGAGAACUGUGAGGACUCCAUGCCCAGCCUACCACCCUCCAGAAAGGAGGACUGUGGUUUGGUUGGGGCCAUCUGCAGGAAAGCAGAGAUGCCGCAUCCAUUCCGCAAAAUACCUAGGAAGCACCUCCUCAGAGUUUGGCCAGCCUGCUUCCUGCUCUGCCUUGACUUCUCUACUCCUUAGCCCUUGGGCAGCUUGUGCCCUUUUCACCCUCUUGGUGGGGCAGAGCCCUGAGCUGCAGAGAAGUGGCUGGGAUGGCCCAGGUGUACUGCCAGAGCUGGGCCUGUAGGUGGUGGCAGGUCAGGCCUAGUAUUUUCUGAGGAAAAAGCCUUGUGGAUGGCAUGAGGAAGAGGGGCAUGUUCUGUGAGCAAGGCUGAGGUAGGUGCCCUCCUGGGAGUCUCUGGCAAAGUUGUUCUUAGUACCCAUGUUGAGUGCCCCCAAGCCCCAGUGGGUUGGCCUGGUUUGGAAAGACUUGGAUCGUCUGUGGGCAGCAGGUAUGGAGGAUUCCUGUGGACUGAGGUGACACAGGCGUGAGGUCUGUACUGGAAACAAGUGUGGGGAUGUUACCUUGAGGUCUCUGGUUCCUGCCUGUCCUGCCAUCUGGGGCACAGUCCUCAGGCCACCUGCCUAGGGAAGGCACAGAGGUCUGAUGGGAAAGCAGGACGUCAUGAGCCACCAAUCUCCACAAGUGUUAGAAAUCACAGAUACAGUAUGUACUUAAUUACACUAAAUUAUUGCUGGGAUUCCUCAUAAGCACUAAUUAUACCUGAUUAUAAGUUAAAAUAUUUAUUUUGUCAAAAUAUUUUCUUAGGGAUGUGUUUAACCUUUUCUGUGUUUGUAUGUGCUGAGAUGUGAAGGCUCACCAAUUCUUCCUGGCCAGCAGGCAGCAGCAAACAGCACUGUGUACAUUCUGCCCUGGUGCCCAGCAGCGCCCUGCGUCUCGGCUGAGAAUGACCAGCUUGCUUCUCAGUGUGCCUGGGGCCCUAAGACUCCAAAGGGGGUUUUAGAGCCGAAAGGGCUUGUAGCUGGCCUGCCCAGAGGAAAAGGUGACCAUCCAUCUGUCCUGUCUGUCCACCCCCGUAUUGUGAGUGAUUGUGCCUUGUCGGCUCCUUGCCCUUCUCCCCACCCAGGUCUCAGGCCUGUGCUGUCACUGCAGCGCCUUGGGAAUGAGGACCUAGCAGUAUUCUUAUGCUGACGGAUUGGUGUCCAGGAUUGGGCCAGUGGCAACAA